CUUCCGGCUCUCAGGAGGUUUCAGUACUCGGGCGUUCUUUACAACAGCAAACACAAACAAACAAAAAAAACAAAGAAGUGGUUCCCCUGCUGCUGCUCCAGCAUUACAACAAGCAACUCCCGUUCAACAAAUCAAUCUAGUGCUAGAGUGUUUUGUGGGCCCGUGGACGAGUGCUAGAAGCUGCCUAGCCUAGCUGGUGACUGUAUCGGGGUGUGUUGGUGUGGCGUUUAACUUGGAAGCCAACAUGAAGCUCUUCGUGAUCGGAUCGGCUGCACUGUUGCUGUCCGUGGCGUCGGCAUCGUACCUUGGCGGGCCACUGUCAUCGCAGUUCCAGUCGCACAACGGUCACGGUGGCUACGCGUACGGUUACACCGACCCGAACUCGCAAAAGUACGAGCAGAAGGAUGCGCACGGUGUAACGCACGGUCACUACUCGUACGUCGACGCAAACGGCCACCUCCAGAAGGUACACUACACGGCCGAUCCGAUCCACGGUUUCCGGGCGUCGGGCACGAACCUGCCGAAGGGUGGUGGUUCGGUCGGUGCAGCGGACGUCUCGCAGGCCCACUACGGUUACGGUUACGGUUACGCGCACGCCCCGGUCGUGCUCGGCCACGAUGGUGCCCCGCUCGAGACGCCCGAGGUGCAGGCGGCGAAGGCGGCCCAUUUUGCCGCCCAUCUGGAGGCGAAGGCACGGCUCCACAAGCGCUCCCUCUACUCAUCCUGGGCGUACGCCCACGCCCCAGUCCACAUCCACAACGGUGUGCCGGUAGAGACGCCCGAGGUGCAACACGCCAAAGCCGAGCACGCGGCCGCCCACGCUAAGGCCCUUCACUACGGUGGUACCGGUGGUGCCAUCGCCGACACGCCCGAAGUCGCGCACGCUAAGGCCGCCCAUGCUGCUGCGCACGCCAAAGCCCGUGCCGGCGGCCACACCAUCGCACCGGUUGCCGUUUACGCGCAAACCGCGGCCCACGGUCACGCUUACCAUGGUCCGCUGCAUGUACCGGUGAUCAAGAACGGUGUACCGGUGGAGACGCCCGAGGUCCAACACGCGAAGGCGGUCCACUUUGCCGCGGUCGCUAAAGCCAAGGGACAUAAUACGUACGCACCCUCCCACUCCCACUCCUACUAUCCGCAGCACAUCCCCGUCAUCCACAAUGGUGUACCGGUGGAGACGCCCGAGGUCCAGCACGCCAAGGCUGCGCACUUUGCGGCCCUAGCCGAGGCCAGCGCACGCAGCUGGGCUGCCCCCGCUGGCACGACCGGGCACGACGAGGAUGAUGGAUCGUACGAUGCCCGCUGGGAGAACCAAGAUUACUGACCAACUGCUGGCACCAAAUACUACACGCCGCCCCCCCCCCCCCUUCCCUCCU